CUUCACAAGAGAGGACAGCCCAAACACAAGAGAGAGCUGCCACGUGCCAACCCCCUCUGUGUGAAAGGGAGAAGAGUUAGCCUGGUGGCCAACUUCGUGAAGAGACAUUUCAACCUGCGGUGUAUUGUCAAGCAUCAGUAUGGAGAGCUGCGUGUGUUUCCUGAGCGUUAUGUGGUGUGUGUGAGCCGACUGGAGGAUGCCUCAGCUAACCCGACCCCGGCCGUAACCGUGAGUCAGAGUACAGAGUCCCAGUAUUUUUCCAGGCCAGCAGCAGAAACCAGAGAUGAACUGAACUCCUCCACAAUAACAAAGAGAAGUUCCCUCCAGAAGAUAGCCAGACACGCGAACGCCAGGCCCCGACCAGAAACCCAACCUCUGCCCUGCGGAUCAGUCCUGGUGAAGAAUCUGCACUCUGAGCAGAACAGAGUCCCAGGAGAGCAGGUUCCGGAGCCCCAGCCACCGACAGACCAGCCCAGGCUUACCACAGACGCAGUGCUGCCCCACGGCCAUCCCACAACAUCCACUGACCCCACAGUACAGGCUGGGGCUGUGGGAGGGGUGGGACUCACAGAGGGAAAGCAAAGAGAGAGUGUUGGGCUCCCAGGGAACACUGACCCCAGAGACACAGUACUGAGUCAGUCCCAGAGUCAGGGUGGGGAAGACGAACCCAGCAGGGUCCCAGGGAACACUGACCCCAGAGACACAGUACUGAGUCAGUCCCAGAGUCAGGGUGGGGAAGACGAACCCAGCAGGGUCCCAGGGAACACUGACCCCAGAGACACAGUACUGAGUCAGUCCCAGAGUCAGGGUGGGGAAGACGAACCCAGCAGGGUCCCAGGGAACACUGACCCCAGAGACACAGUACUGAGUCAGUCCCAGAGUCAGGGUGGGGAAGACGAACCCAGCAGGGUCCCAGGGAACACUGACCCCAGAGACACAGUACUGAGUCAGUCCCAGAGUCAGGAUGGGGAAGACGAACCCAGCAGGGUCCCAGGGGAAGACCCUCCCAGGGCCAAGAGGGUGUGCCUUGGGCCACUUCUAGUAGCUUGUUCCUCCAAUGACCUCAUAACACCAACACACUCAGCUGAAUCCUCCAACCCUCUCCUUCCUCCUCCUCCUCCUCUGUCGUCUCCUCGUCCACCUGUGGUCAAAUCCAGUGCCAAGACGGAGUCCGAGGCUUUCCCAGCCUUGUUCCCUGCCCCAGCAGCCCCUCUCUCCCCUCUCCCAGCACCAGCCCCAGAGAAGGACCAGUCCACAGCCCCUCUCUCCCCUCUCCCAGCCCCAGAGCGGACCCAGUCCACAGCCCCUCUCUCCCCUCUCCCAGCCCCAGAGCGGACCCAGUCCACAGCCCCCUCUCCCCUCUCCCAGCCCCAGAGCGGACCCAGUCCACAGCCCCUCUCUCCCCUCUCCCAGCCCCAGAGCGGACCCAGUCCACAGCCCCUCUCUCCCCUCUCCCAGCGCCAGCCCCAGAGCGGACCCAGUCCACAGCCCCCCUCUCCCCUCUCCCAGCCCCAGAGCAGACCCAGUCCCAAACCUCUCAAACCACAGUGGAAGUGGAGCUGCUUACUCCAGGGAAACAGUCCCAGAGUCUCCUUCCUCUCACAAGCAGCAAUAACACAGAGCAGACCAACCAAAACAGCCCCGCCGCAGGUCUGAGAGGCCGAUCUGUCAAGGAUGUAGUCUCCUCAGCCCUGUCUAUUGCUUCCACAUACAUCAGCGUCAUAGGGGAGGGAGAGGAGGGGAGG